AUGCCGAACCGGACGACGCUCCCGGCCUUCGCCUUGGCUCCGGGCAUCUCGAGGGUUCCCACCCACCUCUUCGGACCGUCGACGACGACCUCUCACCACCAAGUCCGCCUCUUCUCCUCGACCGCUCUCCGGCACGGCAACGACAACAACAGCAACAGCAGCAGCCGCAACGACAGCAACGACAGCAGCAACCCCCGGCCGUCCCCGUCCCUCACCCACGUGUCCCCGACGACGGGCUCGGCGCACAUGGUCUCCAUCGCCUCCAAGCAGCCGACGGCGCGCGUCGCCCGGGCCUCGUGCACCGUGACCUUCUCCAGCCCGCUCGCGCUCCGCCUCAUCCGCGCCUCGCAGGUCAAGAAGGGCGACGUCCUCGGCACGGCGCGCGUCGCGGGCAUCAUGGCCGCCAAGCGCACGCCCGACCUGAUCCCGCUGUGCCACCCGAUCGCGCUCUCGCACGUCGCCGUCGAGGUCGAGCCCGCGAGCGCCGCCGACGACGAGACGGUCCUCCGCGUCGAGGCCACCGUCGAGUGCGAGGGCAAGACGGGCGUCGAGAUGGAGGCCCUGACCGCCGCCGGCGCCGCCGCGCUGACCGUCUACGACAUGUGCAAGGCCGUCGACAAGGCCAUGGUCAUCGGCGGCCUGAGGGUCGUGCUGAAGGACGGCGGGAAGAGCGGGCGGUGGGAGAUGCCGUAG